UUCCAGAGCUCGAUUCCAAAACGGCGGCGUUUUGGCGAAAUGGGCAAUAGUUUAAUGCAUUGUUUGGGUUGUGUUCUUCCUUGUGGAGCUUUGGAUUUAAUCCGAGUGGUUCAUCUUAACGGUCAUGUCCAACGAUUCUCUCCGCCGCUCCUCGCCGGCGAGAUCCUCAACUCCAAUCCUGGUCACGUCCUCACCACUCCCUCCUCCGAUGAUCACUCCCUCCUCCGCCGUUUCACCCUUCUCUCCCCUCAAUCUCACCUCCGACGUGGCCGUAUUUAUUUCUUGAUUCCGGCUAGUUCCGACCAUCGGAAGCCUCCCAAAAACCUCUCCUCCCCCAACUCCGCCGCUUUCCCGGACUCCAACGUCGAUGUCAUUGUCUUGAAGAAGCCCAAAUCCGGCAGCCGGAAUCGCCGGAGAAGCCGUUCGUGUGGCGGCGCGUGGCAACCUCAUCUCCAUAGCAUCAGUGAAGAUCAAUGAAUUCCCAAAACACCCUCCUCUUACUAAUCAUUGAUAUUCAUUUGUAAUUAGUAAUGUUUAUUCCAAA